CAUGCCGAAGAACAAGGGAAAAGGAGGAAAGAACAGAAAGAGAGGAAAGAACGAAGCAGACGAUGAGAAGCGUGAGCUCGUCCUCAAGGAAGACGGGCAAGAGUACGCCCAAGUGCUUCGUAUGCUCGGCAACGGCCGGUGCGAAGCAAUGUGCAUCGAUGGUACUAAACGCCUUUGCCACGUCCGUGGGAAGAUGCAUAAGAAGGUAUGGAUUGCUGCUGGUGAUAUAAUUCUCGUCGGCCUUCGCGACUAUCAAGAUGACAAGGCCGAUGUGAUCCUUAAGUACAUGCCUGACGAAGCAAGGCUAUUGAAGGCCUAUGGUGAGCUUCCGGAGAACAUCCGUCUCAAUGAAGGCAUUGUUGAUGAGGAAGAGGAAGGCGGUGUAGAUGAUUACGUCGAGUUCGAAGAUGAAGAUAUAGAUAAGAUCUAAGUGAAACAGCCGAGCAUCUUUUCCUUCAAUGCCAGCCUGAUGGGUGCUCUCAUAAGAAUCAAUGACUUCUACCAGUCGAUUCUUCACUCUUUCGACCUUGAUCCUCCAUCAGCACCCUAACCUCGAAUUCCAAGCAUUCUCAACAUUGGUCAAACCAUUGCGGGAUGGAAAUUUCAUCUGGCAAUUGGGAUAUCCGGCACCUCCUUCAAUCGAUCUCUAUUCAACAAUACAACAUAGAC